AUGAAUCUCUUAACAGACGAUGCAGACGAAAAUGGAGGAGGAGGAGGAGGAGAAGGAGGAAGAAAAAGGAAUGGCUUAACAGACAAUGCACACGAAAGUGAAGUAGGAGGAGGAGGAAGAAGAAAAAUGAAUCUCUUAACAGACGAUGCAGACGAAAAUGGAGGAGGAGGAGGAGGAGAAGAAGGAGGAAGAAAAAGGAAUGGCCUAACAGACAAUGCAUACGAAAGUGGAGUAGGAGGAGGAGGAAGAAGAAAUAGGAAUCUCUUAACAGACGAUGCAAACGAAAAUGGAGGAGGAGGAGGAGAAGGAGGAAGAAAAAGACGUAGAUUAAAAGACAAGGCAAACGAAAGUGGAGUAGGAGGAGGAGGAAGAAAAAAUAGGAAUCUCUUAACAGACGAUGCAGACGAAAAUGGAGGAGGAGGAGGAGGAGAAGGAGGAAGGAAAAAACGUAGAUUAAAAGACAAGGUAAACGAAAAUGGAGGAGGAGGAGGAGGAGGAGGAGGAGGAGGAGGAAGAAAAAGGAAUGGCUUAACAGACAAUGCACACGAAAGUGGAGUAGGAGGAAGCAGAAAAAGGAAUCACUUAACAGAAGAUGAAGACGAAAGUGGAGUAGUAGGAGGAGGAGGAGGAAGAAAAACGAAUGGCUUAACAGACAAUGCACACGAAAGUGGAGUAGAAUGA